CUGCCAAGGGGAUGAAUUCCACAGGACUUUCCACUGAUAUAAGUAUUUCUUAUAUUGACGCCGCUAAAGCUGGUGACGUCUUACUGCUGAAAUCAGAAUGUUUAAAAAUUGGUAAAACCUUAGCCUUUACAACCAUAGAUUUGUACAACAAAAAAGAUAAUAAGCUGAUUGCUCAGGGUAGACACACAAAAUUCUUGAAGAUUGCUCAUCGAGAUCCUCUUAAUGAAUUCAAGAUUGCCGAGAAAAAACAAAGGUUACCAGGAGGAUCGGAUGAUGACGGUAUCGGGAGUAAAGCAUUGCAAAAUGUUCCCGGCUCGAUUAUUAUAUAG